CCACGGACCAUGACUGCAGUAUAAAUAGGAGUCGAGUGACAGCGGGGUGGCACACUACGAGAUCCCCGCAGGUGUAACAGAGCAGCAGCCUCUGCAGCCAACGCCAGACCCGCCGACAUGAAGUCCAUGCUGUCGCUUCUCAUCCUGAGCCUGGCUAUUGCCGGCGCACUCGCUGGAUACGGCUAUGGAAUCGGAUAUGGUCUUGGCUAUGGUGGCUAUGGAGGAUACGGCCUCGGCUAUGGUCUCGGCUACGGUGGCUACGGAGGCUACGGCUUCGGCGGCUACGGACUUGGAUACGGUGGAUACGGUGGAUACGGCAUCGGAGGAUACGGCCUUGGCUAUGGAGGAUACGGUGGAUUCUACGGCUAGAAGGCCAGGUGCUAAAAAGUGAACCAGUCUGCAAAAUAAAAAG